GAAGUGCGGACAUUGUCAGCUGCGUUUCCGCGGUCGCGGGUGAGUGUGCCCGGGCUAGCGGCCUGGGUUGGGCUUUGUAGCUGCUCCGCAGGCCCAGCCCGGGCCGCGCUCGCAGAGUCCUAGCCGGUGCGCGGCCUCCUGCCUCCUCCCUCCUCGGCGGUCGCGGCCCGCCGGCCUCCGCGGUGCCUGCCUUCGCUCUCAGGUUGAGGAGCUCAAGCUUGGGAAAAUGGUGUGCAUUCCUUGUAUCGUCAUUCCAGUUCUGCUCUGGAUCUACAAAAAAUUCCUGGAGCCGUAUAUAUACCCUCUGGUUUCCCCCUUCGUUAGUCGUAUAUGGCCUAAGAAAGCAAUACAAGAAUCCAAUGAUACAAACAAAGGCAAAGUGGACUGUAAGGGUGCAGACAUGAGUGGAUUACCAACAAAAGGACCAACAGAAAUCUGUGAUAAAAAGAAAGACUAAAGAAAUUUUCCUAAAGGACCUCAUCAUUUAAAAAAUGGACCUGAUAAUAUGAAGCAUCUUCCUUGUAAUUGUCUCUGACCUUUUUAUCUGAGACCGGAAUUCAGGAUAGGAGUCUAGAUAUUUACCUGAUACUAAUCAGGAAAUAUAUGAUAUCUGUAUUUAAAAUGUAGUUAGUUAUAUUUAAUGACCUCAUUCCUAAGUUCCUUUUUCGUUAAUGUAGCUUUCAUUUCUGUUAUUGCUGUUUGAGUAAUAUGAUUAAAUAGAAGGUUUGUGCCAGUAGACAUUAUGUUACUAAAUCAGCACUUUAAAAUCUUUGGUUCUCUAAUUCAUGUGAAUUUGCUGUUUGCUCUAAUUUCUUUGGGCUCUUCUCAUUUGAGUGGAGUACAAUUUUAUUGUGAAACAGUCCAGUGAAACUGUGCAGGGAAAUGAAGGUAGAAUUUUGGGAGGUAAUAAUGAUGUGAAACAUAAAGAUUUAAUAAUUACUGUCCAACACAGUGGAGCAGCUUGUCCACAAAUAUAGUAAUUACUAUUUAUUGCUCUAAGGAAGAUUAAAAAGAUAGGGAAAAGGGGGAAACUUCUUUGAAAAAUGAAACAUCUGUUACAUUAAUGUCUAAUUAUAAAAUUUUAAUCCUUACUGCAUUUCUUCUGUUCCUACAAAUGUAUUAAACAUUCAGUUUAACUGGUA